UAAUACAACUAGAGAAACAGCAUAUGAUUAAAUUAUUUGUAUACGUCACGAGGUAUUUUUAAUCAGACGAAUCAAGGCUGUACGUCCCAUGAACCCAACUCUCUCCGCCCUCCAUCUGAAGAUCGCAGUCAGCUGAUGAAAAAUGUUUUGAGAAAGUUCGCUGGCGGAGCAAAGCUACGAGGCGAUAGAAGGUUUCCUGGUGAGCUUGCAACCGACCAGCGGCAAAUGAGAGGAGCGUCACUCCCUUUAAUCUGACAACAACCGCGUGCAAAAAUGUGGACGGAGGUGAAAAACCAGACCAAAUUUGUCUUUAGCGAUGGAAACACCUCGGAGAGAGCUGUUCCAAUGCACACAUGGGUCCUCUCUACAGAUGGAAAUGAUUCAACGGUCAUCCCUCGUCCCUCAUACACAGAUGAUCCCCUGGCCAGAGGCAGUGGCAUCAUCCCAGGCGCCAUUGCAGCAGCAGUGUUCAUUGGUUUUGUACUGGCUCUCUAUGCAGUUCUGUGGAAGUGUAUGGUCUCACCACCCCAAAGGAAGAAGAGGAGGGUGAGGGUUCGAGACAAGAGGAGCCAAGUGUGCUGACUGACCAUCAGGAUCUCAUCUAGGCCAUCUGGCCAGAGGAUCCAAUGGAUCCUACUCAGGCAUCAAACCCCGUCCAGUCAAAUGACCUGAGUCUCAUCAGGAUGUUCCUGGACAUCAGAGAGGAAAUGGAGAUCCAGACACCUUUGCAUAGAGCUAGGGGAUGGCAUAUUAUGGAGCUAUCAUGGUCAGAGGAUGGACCGGAAUCUAAGGAUCCAGUCAAAUGUAUCUAAAAGGAUCUUCAAAUUUGCCCUUAGAGGAUCCACUCAAAUGGCUAAAGGAUCCAACUGAAGUGCAUCAGAGAGCAUGAACACACAAUCUAAAUCAGGGGUUCUUAAGCUGGGGUCCGUGGACCCCCAUCUAAUUUGAUUAUUUUUUGUAUGUAAAAACAUUAACCUGUUAGUAAUGUUCAGAAAAACACAUUUUGCCAAGGGAUCUGUGGAAUGAGUUUAGUGUGUGUGUAAUACCACAACAUGUAAUAUUAUUAAUCUACAAAUGUGUAGAAUUGUAUAAUAUUAGUGUUAAAACUGCAACAAAAAAAAUAUAUAGGAAAUUAGCUUAAACUACAAAAUGUUCCUUCCCAGGACCGAGCCUUGGUUCGUCCGGCCAUGCACUGCCGAAGUCAUAGUAAAACUCCUUGUAUGCCAUUUUCUUAUCUCACUCGAGUUGUUCUGAUUAUGAGGGGGUCCCUUAUAUAUUUGCUAUGAUAAAAGUUUGAGAAACCCUGAUCUAAAUGAUUCUAGGAUCCACUGAAGUCACUGUAUGCCACAGUGCUAUGCCUCUGUGAGAUUUUAUUCUGACUUUAACUGAAGCGUAGCUACACUGUUAAAUUAAGUGUACACUGUUGUGUCUGUGGGUCACAGACAGUUGUCCCUGUCCGUGAACUCUGUACUACUGAGGAAGGAGGCAGCACAGGUCACUGUUCUUCCUAUCGGUCAACAAGCCUACUGGCCUGGCAAAUGUAUGGAUAUGUUUUUUUCCCCAAUUGGGUGAAGGUGUGUAGCUUUUGAUUAGGGUUGACUACAUGUGUUUGAAAGCCAAGGAAAGUGUCUAUGAAUGGGAAAUUUGCUGAUACUUUUUAUAUUUGGUUACGCAUGUGAUAUGAUGGCUUUAAGUGAAUGAAUGAAGGAGCUGUAGUUUAAGGGUAUUUUUUUAAGGGUGUAUGCAAGUGUUGAUUGAAAUUCUUUGAUUUGAGUGAAUGGAUUGUUACGAAAUCCAGGUUUUGUCAUGUUGCAUUUCCUCAGGACGUGACUUACUGUACCUCUCAUUAAACUGUGAUUUUUAUGUUCUUUCACUUUUACAACAGUUCUCUUUGCUUUAUUUUUUUAAAUCUGAAUUUACACCCGAGUUACUACUUAGUGUUGGGAUGAAUGUACUUUCACUGAUUAAACAAAUUAUGCAUUAUGUAAAGAAUAAACUUCCCUUUCAAACUG